AUGUAUUCAAAUGUAAUUAAUAUCACUACUCCAAGAACAUUAAGCUCUAUUGGUUCUUAUGCAUUUUCAUAUUGCCCUGCACAAUUCAUUGAACUAUGGGACGGAGUGAGUACUAUAAGUAAUUACGCUUUCCAAUAUAGUAAUAUAACUAAUAUAACAAUUCCUAGUGGAGUUUCUGAACUAGGAUACAUGGCUUUUUAUAGAAGCACUUUACAAUCAAUUACAUUCAAGGGCCCAACUUCAUUUCGAGAAUAUGCAUUUUCAUAUACUCCACUUCAACAACUUGAAAUAAUUAACGGUGUAACAUAUUUAUAUAGUUAUUCUCUCGCGUACACAAACUUGACCGAAUUAAUAAUACCAAAUUCAGUAACUUCUAUUGGAGAAUUUGCAUUCCAUUAUAGUAAAUUGCCAAACAUUACAUUACCAAAUCAAUAUACAUAUAUUCGUGAAUCAACAUUUGAAAAUGCUGGUAUCAAAUACUACACAAUUACAUCAAACAUUACUUACGUUGGCAAGUAUGCAUUCAAAAAUAGUCGUGUUCUUAACAUAUCUUUACCAAAUUCAGUUACAUACUUUGGUGAAAACGUAUUCGAAGGUUCUGAUAUCGAAUACAUUAUUUUUCCAGAAGGAAUCAAUAAAAUCCCUAUUAACACUUUUAAGAAUUCUCAAUUGAAAUAUGUAAAGAUACCAGAAACAGUUUUUGAAAUAGACGAUUAUGCAUUCUGGGGAGUUCCAAUGGAGGAUGUGAAUAUUUCUAAUUCAGUCAAUAAAAUCUAUGAUAUGGUGUUUGCAUAUUCAAAUUUAUCUCACAUAACUCUUGGAAAGAAUUUAAGUGGAAUGGAGCAAUUAGUUUUUACUCAUACCCCAUUGAAAGUUUUGGUUUUAAACGAAAACUUCAGUUAUUUCAAUAAUUCAGCUUUGGCUGUAUCAAAUAUUACUAAUGUAACUUUAUCAUUGAAUAUUAGUGAGAUUGGCAGUUACACGUUUAGUGAUACAAAGCUUGAAUUUAUUAACAUUCCUGAAGGUGCCACAACGAUCUAUGAUGGAUCAUUUGCUAACAGCUCUCUAAAAUAUAUCGAUAUGGCAUCAACAGUUGAAUCAAUUGAAAGUCACGCAUUUUUCAAUUCCACAUUAGAGGCAAUAUUUAUUAAAGAGGGAACCAAGUACAUUCAUAGUUAUGCAUUUGCUGGUACAAAAAUAAAGAGUAUUGAGUUACCACAUACUUUACUGAGUAUUGGAUCUUAUGCUUUUCAAGGUGCUCCAUGUGAAAACAUUACUUUCUAUGAACAAUUUAGCGAUGUUGGAAGUUAUGCAUUUACAGGUAGCAAUGUCAAACAUGUGAUUUUCUACAAUGUUAAUUCUAUUGGAAGUAUGGCAUUCUAUGAUUCUGCCAUUGAAACAAUCAAGUUCCCCGAAACAGCAUCUCUAAGUAUUGGUUACGGAUCCUUCAUGAAUUGCGAGUUACCUGAUAUUAUUCUUCCGAAAGGAACAACAUCAAUUGGAAAAUUUGCAUUUAGAGGCAUAAACUUAGAGAAAUUAUUCUUGCCUUCAUCACUUUGGUUGGGACAUAAUUGGUCUUACGUAGGAUGCCAAAUUGAGAGUGUUAUUCUAGAAGAAGGUAUAACAAGAAUCCCAGAUUAUUAUUUCAACCUGGGAGAUUUUUAUUCAUUUUCUAUUCCAUCAACGGUUAGAUACAUUGGAGAAUAUGCAUUCUUGUCAUCAUGGAUGAAUGAAAUAACUAUUCCUGCAGGAUGCAAUGUUUCACGAUAUGCAUUCAAAGAUUGUAAAGCAUUGAACAAAAUAACGAUCGGUGCAAAUUGUAUAAUCAAUAAAGAUUCGUUUAAUCUAUGCAAUAACACAAAGAUAGUUCAAGUUGGAGAGAACAUUGACUUCAAAGACAUGGCAUUUGGAGAUCUUGCAAAUAUCAGUUUAAUUUACACAGGAACAAAUGACAUCACUGAUCAAAUGACAAUAGAUAACUAUAAGCAGAUUGCAGCAAAUGUCACAGUUCCAUGCAGCUAUUCAUCCCCCACAUUUUGUGGAAUUAAUGUUAUCAAGAAAGAUGAAUGUUCAGAAUUAUAA